UUGGUGGGGAAUCUUGGCAUGAUUGUGCUGAUCAACACCAGUCCUGUUCUGCAGUCCCCCAUGUACUUCUUCCUCAGCAAUCUUUCUUUCAUCGAUAUCUGCUACUCCUCCGUUAUCACUCCAAGGCUUCUGUAUGAUUUCCUAGCAGAAAGCAGAACCAUUUCCUAUACUGCCUGUGCUGUACAACUGUGGGCUUUUGCCCUUUUUGUCUCUGUUGAGUGUUAUCUUCUGGCUGUGAUGGCAUAUGAUCGCUUUGUGGCCAUCUGUAACCCUCUGCUCUACACAGCUGUUAUGUCCAAGAGACUCCGCAUUCAGCUCGUGGUUCUCUCCUACCUCAUGGGCUUGGUGAAUGCCCUUGUCCAGGCCAGCUCUACAUUUAGACUUACAUUCUGUGGUCCCAAUGAAAUUGACUCUUACUUCUGUGAUGUUCCACCAUUGCUGCAUCUCUCUUGUUCAGACACCUACGUCUCCCAAGUGGUGCUUUUUGUCCUCUCCUCCUUUGUUGUGAUAGGGAAUAGUGCAAUUGUUCUCAUUUCCUAUAUUUACAUUGUCACAACCAUCCUGAAUAUGCGAUCAGCUGCAGGCAGGCACAAAACUUUCUCCACCUGUGCCUCCCACCUGACAGCCAUUGUGCUGUACUAUGGGACAUUGACCUUCAUGUAUGUGCAGCCAGGGGGGAUGGAUGCAGUGGAACAAGACAAGGUGGUUUCUGUGUUUUAUACCAUUGUGAUCCCCAUGCUGAACCCCCUGAUCUACAGCCUGAGGAACAAGGAAGUGAAGGAUGCCCUGAGAAAGCAGCUAGGAAGGAUAAUAUUUCUCUAG